UUCCAACCGUCUGUGGGCACUUGUCUGAUAUCAGACAAUGCAAUGCCUGGAUUCGUGGUCACAGAUAGCGUGGCCGGUGGGUUCCGAAAUAUUCGCAGUGCCUCGGCUACCGCAGUCCCCGUUCAGGACAGUCUAUCGUGGAAUCAAGAUGACGAGGAUCGGGCUGAAUUCCAAUCGGCACGUGCUCGAUCAAACCAUCCAAAAUCCGCGUUUGCUCGUCACAAUCUUCCACCAUACUACAGUGAUACGGGACCCACAGAAACUUUUGGUCCCGUGUCACGUGGCCCAGCGACAGUCCUUCUCCGUGGCACAUCAGUACCAGAAAGCCCGAUCAAAUCUCUUCCGGAUGAGGAACGAUAUUCAGAUUUAAAUGCUCGACACGAUACGUCCCGACCAGGCGAGGGGGAUAUUAGAAUAGAGAAUAGAGACACUCGUCACGCGUUUGAUGAUGUGGUAAAUGAUGAUAAUGAUAAUGAAGACGAUGACGAUGAUGAUGAUGAUGCGCAUCACCCUUUACUCGGUCCAAAUAUUUGGUCACCUGCUGCACCAACACCCGUGACUCCAACCACGAACACUGACGACACAAACGAUUCCGCCCCACUCCUAUCCGGAUCGGAUGCGUAUAUGGGUUUAGAGGUUGCAUUGGCAACCAAGUACUAUUUGGACGAUAAAGAAGCUCCAGAAAAUCGAUACAAUGUGAAUGAGAAAACCCAUGGAGCAUAUCAGCACUCGCCGGAAAUGAUGAUCAUGAGCCCUAUUCACUCUCAAGUAGAUCGAUCUAUGCCAGAUGUGGUUCAAACCGACCCGACUCCCAGUGCUUUCUUGGCCACGGUUCCAAAAGACUCGAUUUCACACGGGCAAAGUAGUCAUGUCCGGCUUGCCAAUAACGCUUCAGAACCGGGCAACUUGUCCGAGACGCGAACACCCAACUCCGGCCGGACACGAUCACCAAACGUGCAAUUCGAUCUAGACACACCGGAACCCAAUUCUUCUCGAUCAAAGAGUUUGGAAUUGCUAAUGCCUCAACCAGUGCAACCGGAUCCCGCAAAUUGUCCGCCCCGGACCGGAUCGAAUUCGUCGGAUCUCGAAAUCCCUCCACAGCCGGACAGUGAUUUGUCUGGAUUGUGCUAA